AUGCUCCCCGCCUUUGUCUGCACGCUCUUCGUCCUGCGUGCGUCCGCUCCGGGCACGCCGGCACCGGGGAUCGCCGGUUGCGCCGAGGCCGACUCCUCCGCUCCCCUCGGACUUCGCCGUGCGCCCGAGGCUGGCCGUGACCUUGACCCGGCGAGCUGCUCCGCGCGCUGCCGGGAUGGAGGUGCUCUGUGUCUUCGUCCUUCACAGGAAGGAGUUGUGGUGAUUUACAGAAGUGAAACUCCCUUCCUGCACAACAUUACAGUAUCUGCUGUUCAAGAUGACGGGCGAGUCUGCACCCUCCACUUGUCCGCCCUGCAGCCCCCUCCAGGCAGUUUGGUGUUGUCCGUGCACUACGACCCCCUGGGGGUCCCCUCCUGCCCCGGGACCGCGGAGAUUGCUGAGGAGAGUUUAUCCGAUGAUUCUGACGCCUCGGAGACGCUCGCCUCUAACAAACACCUCCGUCUCUACUUCGCACUGAAUGAAGCAUCAGAUCAGAAACGCAGCCUGGAGAACUGCGAACGCAGCAACGUCAGCCACGACCAUUUCCUCCGGUUUGACCUCCAGAGUGUCAAUCCCUCCAUCUGCCACCUGCACCUCCAUCUUCACGACUGCCUGCCUGCUGCUGCGGUUGUGAGGAUUUAUGCAGCAAAGCAAGCGUAUCCCACCAAUGCUGAAAUAAUCUUCCUGGCUGUGGCUGAUGUACCAGAUCCUGUGGAGCUGGUCUGGCACUUUGGAGACUCAACAUCUGCAAAAACCAACUCAUGGACCAUCUCCAAAAGAUACCACAGCCCCGGAAGUUACAGUGUGUAUGUGGUUGCCUCCGUUCGCCGGAGGACUGUGACCUCUGAAGCGUUUCCGCUGGUGGUGCAGAGAGCGGUGAAGCUCAACCGGCUGGUCCACCGGGCCUCCGUCCUGCAGAACCAGACAGUGACGGUGGUCUGCCGGGUGAACGCCGGCACAGACCCCGCCUUCACGUGGAACUUCGGGGACGGGACGACCAAACCGGGACAGGAAGUAGAAGAGCACGUCUUUUACAGAACGGGGGAGUUCAGAGUUCAAGUGACUGCUUCCAACCGGGUCAGUUCUGCCUCGCUGAGCAGCCACAUCUUUGUUGUGGACCGCCACUGCCAGCCUCCCCCCGUCAAAAACAUGGGGCCUAAUAAAGUUCAGGCGCGGAGGUAUGAGGCUGUCCGUCUCGGGGUCACCUACGAGGCAGAUGUCGACUGCGACGCUUCAGAAGGAGUUCACUACACCUGGACUCUGCUGGACUCUGCAGGCAGGACUUUCCCUCUGCCUCUGACCGACACACACAGCCAGAGCCUCGUGCUGCAGAGCCGCCUCCUGCCGUACGACACCUACACGGCCAUCGCCAAGGUGCAGGUGAUCGGCAGUGUGGUGUACAGUAACUACAACGUGAGGGUCCAGGUGAUGCCGAGCCGGCCGGUGGCCUUGAUCCGGGGCGGCACCAACGUCUUCAUCAGCAGAGAGAGCUCUGAUGUAGUGACUCUGGAUGGAGCGGCAUCUUACGACCCCGACUUCCCCACCAACCCUCUCAGUUACAGUUGGACCUGUAAGCCAGUCAGCUCCAUCUCGAGCUCCUGUUUCGACCAACACGUUCCCAACGCGUCUCCCGUGCUCAAAUUUCCAACGUCUGGCUUGAAACGCAACUUCGAUCAGUUCCAGUUCACUCUGACGGUCCACAGCGGGGAGUGUUCAGCCUCAUCUGACACUUUCAUCACUGUAAUGCCAAACCUGGCCGGGAGGGUAUUUAUCCAGUGCACGGGGUGCCAGGGAGAACGUGUGAACUGGGAUCAGCCUUUUUCGGUCUUCGCCUCGUGUGAAGACCGCCACGCGCUUGAAAACCACAUCCAGUACGCCUGGAGUCUGCACCGAGUCAACGCUUCAUCCAAGCCCGACUUCCAGCUGCCCUUCUGUUACACGGCAGAUCUCAGUCCUCCGUCUUCUGUCUUGGAGAAUCCCGUCACUCAUUCUGUGAAGGCCUCUGAAAAUGAGCCAGAGCAGCAGAUUAUGGACCCGUCGAAGAACUGGACAUCAUUGGAAAAGAGCAGAAACACAUCAGAUAAAGCCGGCUUGCUUCUGUCUGAGCUCUCCUCCCAUCCACUCCACCUUGACAAUAAUAGCGACCUAUAUUUGGACCACUUUGCUCAGCGUGACGUUACGGGUGAAUUCCCAGCUGAGCCCGGCUCCUCUGCUGACGGGGAGUUUUAUUUCCCCCUCCUGGAGAGUGGAGCUGCGAGCGGUGGACGAGAUCCAGACUAUGAGGUUUUCUUCACAAAUGCAGCAGAAGGAGAAGCGAGGAUGUCAGCAGGAAGACCCACAGGCGAGGGCUUCGGUGGAGGAGUUGACUCAAUAUUCGAUCCACCGCCGCACCAAGAAGAAGAAGGAGGCAGUAAUCUUGUGGAUCUCACGUCAUCUGUAGCGAUACGGGAGCCAACUUUGCUCGACCUGACCCGAGACUCCAUCAGCAGAGGCCUCUUUGAGUCUUACACCUACACAGGAGUUUCCUCCUCUUUGGUCAGAUUCAGACCCUUCAGCCUGCGACCGGGGAGUAGAUACAUGGUGGAGGUGGCUGCCAAAUCUGAAAACGGCGUUCUGGGCCGGGCUCAGCUGUUCCUAAAAACUAACCCAGCUCCAAAGGGCAUGACCUGCCAGGUGCAGCCCGACAAAGGAAUGGAGCUCCACACACACUUCAGCAUCUUCUGCAUGUCGGGGAGGGAGGAUCUGCUGUACAAGUACAGCUACAGCGUGAGAGACGAGCCCCCCAGGACGCUCUACCAGGGGAGAGACUUUCAUUACUACUUCAGCCUUCCUUCAGGUGACUUGAGUGAUGGCUUCAAAGUCACUGUUCAUACUGAAGUCCGGAGCAGCACCUCUGGAUCUGCCGCCAGAUCGUGUCCCGUCACUGUGCAGGUCCAGCCCAGCUUCCUGAGAGACGUCCCGUCGCCCUCUUCCUCUUAUGAUCCUGACCUGGAGCUCUCAGACUCAGGUCUGAGGAAUCUGACAGCUCUGCUGCAGCUCGGAAACAACAUGGAGACUCGCAACUACAUCAGCCUCCUCUCCGGCAUCCUGAACAGACUCAGCAGGGACGCCGAGGCGAACGCUGGAGCACAGACGCGCCUGCGCACGCAGCUCAUACUCACACUGUGCGACCUCAAAAGCAGCACUGAGGCAUCAGUAUCGGACACAGUUUGCAUUCUGAAAGAGCUGCUGCAGUUUGCAAGCCAGGUGACGUCAGUGAGUGCCAGACGAGUCGCAGCUUAUGUUCAGGACAUCUCUGAACGGUUUUCUGAGUCCAGGGCUUCAGAGGGACGCCGUGAUGACCAGAAGACGCUGAGCUCCCUCGUCGGCCUGCUUUCACUGAGCCUGCAGGGAGUCACAACCUGUCAAUUCACACCUGGAACACCCAGCAGCGCCGAGACAACGCAGCCACCGGAAACAAACCCAUCCACUGCUCGAAGAUGCUCCAAGCAAGGGAUGCAUCUUGUACCCAGUAUUCUGCAAACGGCUUCUGAUUUAAUGCUGGAGCUCACAGUCAGCACCGACCUCUUCACGCUUUACGCCGCUGCAUCCCAAAACCAAACCUCCACGGUCAUCAGAUGCGCCUCGGCCACUUUUUCCAUGCCGGCGUCUCUGAUCCAGGUUCUGCUCGCUCGUCACGGCGGAGAGACCGAGCGGCAGGAAGCGUGCGUUGUCACCGUGGUCACGGAGCUCGCCCGCAGCCCGUACACCUGGGCGACCGAUCACACACAGGUGCACGGCCCGGUGGUGGAGCUCAAUCUCUACACGUGCAGCGUGAGGAAGAAGAUCCCCGUCCGUUUUCUCAUUCAGCCAAUCAGCAUUGUCCUGCAGCGUCCACCAAGAAACAGGAGCUCUGUGCUGGAGUUCAUCCUCUCGCAGACCCAGGUCAACUACCACAGCUUCAACAUUACCCAGAAGCACUUGCAGCAUUCCAUCCAGCUGACAGUCACGUUCACGCCACUGAUCAACCACAAGGCCUUCCCCGUCCUGCUUCUCUUCAGCAUGUUUGAGAAACCCACUCCCAGCAGACACCACUUCCACAAGAUUCACCACUGGAGGAGCAACAUGACUCGCAUCACUCUCCCCUCAUCCUACCUCAGUGCUGCAGGGGUCGGCCACUUGGCUCUGCUCCCUGCUGAUUUUGGGAAGACGCCCAGAAGGAAGCACCUGAGUGAACAGAUGAGCUACAGUGUGUCGGCGGACAGCAGUGUGUGUUUGUCCUGGGAAAGCCAGCAGAGGGCCUGGACACGCCGUGGCUGCAGCACCCGGCAAACAGACGCAGCCCCAGCCGUCAACUGCAGCUGCCACCAGCUGAGGCCGCUGACUGUGCUGCGGCAGGAGCUACAGAGCAGCUGUGAAACAUCUGGUCUGGACCAGUUCAUAAGCGCGUCCAGCGAUCUGACGUUGCUCGGUGUGUUGCUGCUGAGCGUGUUCCUGUUCGUCCCGGGGUUGGUGGCAUGCAGGAGAGCUGAUGAUGCCACAUCUGAGGCGAGCCAGAGAGUCCACUACCUCUCCGACAACUCUCCGUCUGACCAGCAUCUGUAUGCAGUCACUGUCCACACUGGCCUCCGCUCUGCAGCUCGGAUGAGUGCGAAGGUUUACAUCGUGCUCUGUGGGGAAAAUAAAUCCUCACAUACAAAAGAGCUACAAGUCCCACAAUGCAAUCUGUUCAGGAGGAACUCUCGAGAUACCUUCAUCCUGAGCGCAGCAGACCGUCUGGGAGGUCAGUGGGGGGUUCACAUCUGGCAUGAUAACUCUGGAUCCUCUCCGGACUGGUUCCUCAAACACAUUGAGGUGUCUGAGGUGACCAGAGGGCAUGUAGCGGGACGCUCAUGGCUGUUUGUGGCUGAAUGCUGGCUCAGUGUGAACAAAGGAGAUGGCCGGGUGGAGAGGAUGCUACGUGUCUGUUCUGGGGGAUUAAGUUUCUCUCAGCUGUUGCGUCUGAAGCUCUCUGAUUACCUUUCUGAUUUCCACAUCUGGACGUCCGUCUACAGCUGCCCUCGCCCAGACUCUUUCACACACACUCAGAGACUCGGUGUGUGUCUGCUGCUUCUGCUGGGCUAUGCGUGUGCCAACGCAGCCUUCAUUUCAUUAAUGGAUGAGCAGUCGGUGUUUGAGCUUGGUCUGUCAUCCGUUUCUGUGAAAACUGGACUUUUAAGUGUAGUUGCUGUGCUGCCUGUGGCCACACUGAUGUCUUUUCUGUUUCGACUAUGUGGAACCGAACCAGCAAGAUCAGGAGCGCAACAUGAGAAAGAUGUUGCAUUAAAUGACAGUGUGUUUGAACCACAUUUAUCCCGGAGUCUGAUCUCUAAAGAAAACGAAGCCGAUGAGGAAAACCAUCACUCUGACUGGACUAUAAAUGGAGCUGUUGGAAAGCAGGAAGGCCCUCGGUAUAAAUAUUGUCCGGGCUCUGGGAGAAGAGUUAAAGCGUGGUGCUGCUGUCUGGUCUGGGCGUUGAGCCUGUCGCUGUGUCUCUGCUGCCUGCUGCUCUCUGCACUGCUGGGAAUGAGCUUCAGCAGCAGUGAUGUUCUGCUUUGGAUUCACUCUCUUUUCGUCUCUCUCAUGUCCUGCAUCUUCCUCAUGCAGCCAGCUGCGAUAUUCAUUGCUGCAGUAGCUGUUUCCUGCUGCCACAGAAAAAGACCAGACGUUUAUAGUUUCUCCAGCCAAAGUGUCCUCGGUUUGGAUGUUCUCAGAAGUUGGAGUCGUGAAGCCGAUCACACGGACAGGCGGCUCAGACCUUCUGCUUCCUCCCUCAGGACAUCUUCAUGUCUUGAGAAGCAGCUUGAAGCUCGUCGGCGAGCUCGGUUCCUGCGGCACGUUCGCCCGCCGGCCCCAGCAGAGCUCAGGAAGAGUCGUAGGACGCGGAGAAGAGAGGCCCUCAUGCAAAAAACACUGAGGGAUGUGUGUCUUUGUGCCUCCAUGUUGUUGUUGAUGGGGUUCAUGACCUACGGCUGCUCGCUCAGGGGUCAUUACCAGCUCAACGCAGCCAUCAGAAAGCAGAUCAUCAGAAGCCAAUAUAAUGGUUUUAUGUCUGUGCAAAAAUGGGAGGACUUAUGGAGGUGGACACAGACGAGGCUGCUGGAUUUACUGUACCAGGAUCAUUCUCUUCAAACUGAGACAUAUAUUUUGAUUGGAGAUCCGAUUCUGGAGAAAACAGAGAGGUCUGACACAUUUCACAGUCUGGUUUCCACAGCAACACCUUCAAGGACAUGUGGUCUGCUGGGCUGCGUCUCAGGACCGGGCGUUACGGAUGGUUUAGGUUACACAAAAUCCGAAGCGGCGUCUAAACUGCAGCUCCUGCGCUCGCGGGGUUGGCUGGAUGGGCAAAGAACGGUGGCCCUGAAGGUUCGGUUCACCCUGUACAGCCCUGCCCCUGGUUUGUUCAGCAGCGUGACCCUCCUCGCCGAGCGCAGCCCCGCUGGCGUCCUGCUGCCUGCUGCCAAAGUCCAGUCAGUCAGAGUGUUUCACACCGGUUCUGUGUGGGACUGUGUGGUUAUGUUGUGCCAGCUCGUCUUCCUCUUUCUGUCUCUGCUACAACUCUGUCAUCAAGUGUCUGCUGCGGGGCAGCAGGGGCUGAUGGGAUACUGGAGGACACCCAGUAACUGGGCUGAAGUCAGUCUGCUGACCGUGACGCUGCUGUAUUAUGUCUACUCCGUCUAUCGCUCAACUCUUAUCGUGGAACUCGUGGACCUGCUGCAGAGACGCAAUCACAGAGGCUCUGUUGACGUUAGCCAGCUGGCCAACUGCGAACAAUUUAUUCGCACUCUGCGUGGCGUUCUGCUCUUCCUCCUCACCGUGAAGUGUGUGACGGUACUGAGGGUGAUGAAGACCUUGGCCGCCUCCGCUGCAGUCUUAGCCCACUCACUCUCCAGCCUCUCAUGGCCUCUGAUUUCAGGUCUGAUCUUUGCGGCGGCGUUCUCCUGCUUGGGAAAUCUGUUAUACGCACAAAGAUUCUGGGCGUUCAGUUCGAUCCCGCGCUCUUUUCUGACUCUGCUCCAGUACUAUCAGGGCGUCAGACCUGCCAGCGGCCUCCUCCUGUGUGGGUCUGAUUUCUUGUACUGUGGAGUCUAUCAUCUGUCCUCUAUCGUGAUUUGGACAGCAGUGGUGGUUGCUGUUUUGUCGUCAUCAGUCAGAAGCGUUAAACAGUCUCAAAGACGCAGAGACGCCUUCACGACUGCAGAACUGGUGUCAUAUAUCAGGAAAAAAGUCUCUGAGUUCACAGGAAGAUAUACACAACCAUCGACUGAUAACUGCGAGGAGGGGAAGGCGUGCCACCUUGAGGAGUUUGAGAGUGUAGUGGAUGAGCUGCUGUUCAGACUCGGCGCUCUGUCUGACUGCCUGCACCACUCUCUGCCUCCACGAGCCCACCGGUACAGAGACGGAGACAGCUCUGCCCUUUCCAGUGACGACAACCAGAUGCUGGUGAAUGAACGCACAUCGGUUUGUGAGUCAGAUCAGGAGGAAGCCCUGACUCCGUCCCAUCAGUUCAGAAGUAGAACGUUCCAGGAAGGACAAACAGGAUACAGGCCCUCCUUUGACACGGAUGUUGCAUCGGAAGAUAAAUUCAGUGCUUCAGACAGACUGUCUUUCACACAGUCAGCAUCACUCAAAAGUCUCUGGACAGAGGACGUUUUUGAUAAGAAAGGUAACCUCUUAAUCGAAGCAAAAGACAGCUGCUGGUUAAGUCAAACUGGGACCACACAGACAGAGGUGGUGGUGGAGGUCCUGAUCCACGAGGAGCCUCAUGGAGCCAGAGAGGUGUGAGUCAGCAGCCUCAUCGGCUCCAAAGGUCUGGUACACAAUUAUUAAGAGAGCUCUGAAGAGGCCUCCAAUAUCUCUUCCCUUUAUGGCAGUCAAAUUCUUAGUAGAAAAUGUUGAUGAAAUGUUUUUUUUUAAUUGAAAAUCA